UAGCAGCUCGAGGCCAGGAGCAUUCUAGCUUAAUUCCAUGGCGGCUCUCCAGCCAUCAACCCUGUCUUGCAGCGCAAGUGGUUUGCACCGCGCUACCUGGGGUGUAGGCCUAGGCCCUUGUCGAAUUCAUGUCAAGCAACAAGUUCUAGGAAGACGUGCCGCUCCCAGUCUUGAUACAGCGGCACCUGCAGAAAGCACAUCUACACGCCCCGUCGUCGUCGCACGGUCGCUAUUCGAUAAUAAAAAUGGGGACGAUUUUGGCGAUAGGAUAAUUGCAGCCCUCCCAUUCCUCCUUCCUCUGCUUGACGGUCUUCCUUAUGCGAAGUUCAUCAUGAUUCAAUACCCCUUCGUGGCUCGCGCCUUCGCACCGGUGGCGCCGUUGAUGUACAUCUAUCAUGCCUUCCCCUUUGCUCCGUUCCUGGUAUUUUUGGCCAUCUACAACGGCAUCGUCAACAACACCUCCUUGCCUCGCUUCGUACGGUAUCACGCCAUGCAGGCGGUGCUGCUGGACGUCCUGCUCAUUAUCCCCCAGGUCAUCCUCAACGACGUGUGGAAGGCCCCCAGUGACGAGCUAGGACUGCAAGCGUACAUCCUGGCGUACAAUACCCUGUUCCUCUUCACUGCGGUAUGCUCGGCGUACGGCAUGGGCUCUUGCCUUGUGGGCCUCACAGCGCGACUGCCCCUGGUGGCGGAGGCGGCGGACUACCAGGUCCGGGACUUCUGAGUGGCGGAUCACCCGUGGGGGGGGGUGUGAGGCGACCUGUCAGGCAGGAGGUUGACGAGCUUGACGAGCUUGACGAGGAGGCAGAGGGAGGUGUUUUUUACUUUAACUUACCUCCGCAUGGGUUUGAGGAGAUUGAGGCAUAUGCUUGGGGCUAGGUUUGUAUGAGCGCGCCUUUGCUUAAGGCUAGGGCUGCUGCUAUUGCUGCUGUUGCGGGAAAUGUUGUCAUUGAUGGGACGUGUUCAUGCUCCGUGGUGUUGGCAGUGUGUGUGUGUGUGUGUGCCUGAAAACUGCAAGUAUGGGGCACGUCUCUUGCUUGUGUGCUUGGAAUAUGGGUGUCGGUGUUUCGUGCUCGUGUACGGCUGUUGAAUGGAAGCGUGGGAGGUACGGAAGGUGGUGGUUGCUAUGUUGCUGCAGCUGCUCCUGUGUUUAGAUGUGCAACGCGUCUGCUAUUGCUGCUGCUACUACUAUUACUGCUGCCGCAUUAAGGACGAAGGAUCGAAGGACGAAAAGCACAGCUUUAUGUAGAGAGAGAGAGGCACAGGGGCAUUGCGUGUUAGGUUUUCCUUCAGGUUAACCUUUUCAUACAUGCUGCACGUUUUUUGUUUUGUUCCUAAUCUCGAUGUCGCUCGGUUUCUUCUUUUUUUAAUGCAUUUUCGCAUCGGAGUAUUCCGUCAGGGAGGUGUGUGGGAAGUGCGGCUGUGUGGGAAAGAUUUAAUUUUGAAAAAUGCUGACAACCCUUUGGGUUACCCAAAGAAGACGCCCCAUGAAAAUAUAAAUGAGAAAGGCUGGUCUGGAGACACAACUGCACUAUGCGGUUUAAGGUCCCGGGUUUGAUACCUGCGGAAACCCCCGACAUUAUCGGGAGCGUGAGAUUAUGGCUAGCUGCUGAGAUGUGGAGUUGAGGCGGCAGUUGAUGGAUCGAGAUUCGCACGCUAGACUGGUGGCGAUUGCUCUACCCUCUAUCCCUGCGGAUGUUCGGGUGAUUGGAUGAGGAGGGAUCCUAGAAGGCAGGAUCGACCGCUGUGGACUUGCAGUUCGGAUGGUGUAGCAAAGUGUGGUAACGGUGGCUGGUGCUGUAGGGUGUUCAAUCCAAGGCAAUUGUAUUCAAUAGGCCCAGAAGCCUCCUACUCUGUAACAACAACAAUAAAUG